AUGGCACCGCUCUACAAAGACCUACACAGCUGCAAAGGCACGCUGCACAGCAUUUCACCGAACAUGUGGGGCACCUUCCUAGAUUGCCUUGACAACAACGCAAAACUCACCCGCACGCCAGCAGGCUCUUGGCUGCCACGCAAUGCCCAACUACUUGAGGUCGGCAGCCUCAAAAUAGCAAGCAAAGCAGAUGUGCCUCUUGUGCCGCCCUCGCACAAACACCAAUGGCUCAGGCUUGCAGACCCGCACCGCUCUGAAGUUCACCUUCGGCACGAAAGCAAAUUCGUCCUGGCAUGGCUGCAGCAUUGUUUUGCACAUGAGCAGCCUCGCUCGCUGCGCACAGCACCACGCAUGCACUGCUACAGUGCGGCGGAUGCAUUCGCAGAUACGCACCGCAUGGGCAUUGGAGGCUGGAUCAGCACUGCCGACGCCUUCCUGUGGUUCAGCGCCAUCUUUUCUGCAGAGGAAGUGCGCAAGCAAUGGCCGCAACUGCAAGGCAGCCUGCAGCCUUACAUUGGCUGUUUUGAAUCUCUCGCACAGCUGGCACUGGCACAGUGCUCUUGGCAACUGCUACGCAGCAAACAGAUCCGCUUUGUUCUGCCCACAGCAUCCGACAAUACCAGCGCAGAGUCUGGCCUUAAUAAGCUCUUCAGCACGGCAGAGCCUCUAGGAACUUUUCUUCGCCUGGCGGCCGCCUGGGCGCAUCUGCACCGCGUGCAGUUUGAGGUGGAGCACCUCGCCGGCGAAAAGAACGUUUGGGCCGACAAGCUCAGCAGGGGCUCCACUGCCUUUCUUCAGCAUCGCACUGCUGACAAAGUAGAAGUCACGCUAGCGCAACUAGCAUCCGCAUCGCAUUGCGUCACAUUACAUGAUCACGCACUCGCGUGGCCGCAACGGCUACUUGACGCACAGCACGCAAUGCUUAAAUGA